UGUUUGACUGACAAAAAAACAUUGCAAAAUAAAAAAUCAGAAAUGAUCAGAAACAUCAGAAAUGGAAACAAAACUGAUUUUUAAAACGAAGUAUAGUAUUUUUAGAGUAAUUUCUAAGAGUGGGAUGUUAAAUACUUUUGAUAAUGGAGAACAGGAUGAAUCGAAGAUUAUACAAGGAGAAAUUUUGGAUUAAAUUUCACUCCUCACUCGGUUUAUUGUUGAAAUAAAAAGAACGUUUGUCAACCGGUGUUCGAUCCGUUCGAUCUAUUGAAUGGAAGUUUCUUAAGAGGAAAUUUGCGAUUUUAAUCGCUGUCAAAAGCAUAAUGAGUACAUGUAAAUUAAUUCAACGAAGAUGCUACGAUUUACUCUCUCAUAAAUAUUCUCUAUUGAUAAUUGUCAUUGCAUUUACUUGCAUAUUUAUCGGAGUUAUCCAUUUCGGAGAGGUUUGGCUCGCUUGGAGUAAGGAGAAAUACGAAGCGGUAUUUCAUUCGUUUAAUGAUAAUAUUUUAGGAAUAUCGUUUCAGAAGAAAUUGUGUCAACACGUUCCGAUUGAUGUUGUUUACACGUGGGUAAACGGAUCGGAUAGAAUUUUUCUCGAUAAUCUCAAUAGAUAUGUUUCGUUAAUGGAUGUUAAUGCGGCUGCUUCUCGAUUUAGUGAUAAGGAUGAAUUGAGAUAUUCCCUUAGAUCGUUGGAAAUGUAUGCACCUUGGAUUCGGCACGUGUAUAUUGUGACCAAUGGACAAAUACCCAGUUGGUUGGAUAUGGAUAAUUCACGAGUCACUCUAGUCACUCACGAUGAUAUUUUUACUGAUACAAAUGAUUUGCCAACUUUUUCUAGUCCUGCCAUUGAAAGUCAUAUUCAUAGAAUCACCGGACUUUCGGAUAAGUUUAUCUACUUUAAUGACGACGUUAUGCUGGGUGCAGAGGUUUGGCCAGAAGAUUUUAUCACCCACGCAGAGGGACAGAAAGUUUAUUUAGCCUGGUGGGUGCCUGAUUGUUCGGACGUCUGUCCCUGGGCUUGGGUUAAAGACGGCGCUUGUGAUCCCUCCUGUAACACCACUUUGUGUGAAUUCGAUGGUGGAGAUUGCGAUCCUCUGCCCUUAAUAACCGACAGUGAAGUCGUUGUCGAUGAAAGUGAUUAUCCAUAUAAAUUUCUAAGAGAUAAAAAUCCCCGAAUUCUUGAAGCCGAACAAUUGUUGAAUUCUCUAAGAACCUCGAGUUCUAAUUUUCCCAUUGCGAAUACAGUGAAUUCGAUGCUUUUACGUGUUCUACAAUCAAGUUCCGAAAGAAAUGUUACCGAAAACAGUGAAAAUAAAACUUCAAAUGAAAGUAUUGUUUUAAAUAAAAAUACUCGGACUUUUCAUCGAUCAGCAAUCAUUGAGGAACGUAAAACGAAAACUAAAAAUGAAAAUCGCAAUAAAACAAAAAAGAAUGGAAAACACUAUGAAAAUAAUGAAAUAAUAUUCGAUUUGAUCGAAAUUAGAAAAAACAGUAGUGAAAUCACAAAGAAAUUAUUAAUUACAAAAUUAUUGAAUGAGAAUAAAUUGAAAAAUUUGACUAAUAAUGAGCGUCGCCGGCAGUUUAAGCGCUUUUUAAAUGACGAUAUUAUAAAUAUAGUGCACGUUAAUAAUUCGGCAAAAUCUCAUAAAUUAAAAUAUGCGGAUCAAUGGAAGAGAAAGUCGAGGCAGCUUGAUACUUACGCGGAAUCAUUAUUGUAUGUGAAUAGAAUUUAUAACAAAGCAUAUAAAUUCGAGAGACGAAGGGUUCCCGCUCAUAUGCCACAUUUACUAGACAAAUGGAUUAUUAAUGAUAUGCAAAGUAAAUUUAAUUCCGAGUUUAAGAAAACGUCUAGUCACAAAGUGAGAAGCGCAGAUGAUAUGCAAUUUGCCUUCUCUUAUUUUUAUUUUCUAGUCAGUGAGAAACGACAAUUAACAGCUUCGGAGAUAUUUGAUUCAUUCGAUACUGAUAAAUCGCUAACUUGGUCGGACAGGGAAAUUCGAACACUCUUGUCAAGAAUGCAUCCUCUACCAUUAGAUUAUGGCUUAGUUGUGAAUUUUGAAAGUGCUAUUACAAAUUGUUCGCAAAAAGUACAAAUUGAAAAUACGCCACUUCCGCCACCUGGGGAACGAUAUUUAGAUUCUACUCUUCCGAUAGUUUCAAAGGAAUUAGUCAUAAAAUGUCCUUCGAUUGUUCACAAACUCGAAGCCAAAUUUGGCGAGGUAAAGCGCUACAAUCACGAAAUUGUCAAGGCAGGAAAAAAUGAAAUUUUCGAAAUGUUGACGAGCAAUAUUUCAAUGACUGUUCAAAUUUUAGACGAAAUUCGCCGAGAACCAAAAAAAUUCAUCUGUCUUAAUGACGAUAUGGAUCCGAAUCGUCGAUCGGAAAAUGAAAUUGUCCGAGCAUUAUUAAACGAUUUCUAUAGAUCGCUUUAUCCAAUUAAAAGUACAUUUGAAUUACCAUCGCAAUAUCGAAAUCGUUUUUCGUAUCGUCAUGAACUUUACGAAUGGAGAGCAAGUCGAGCGAAGGCGAGAAAUUUACUUUUAGCACUCAUUGGAUUGUUAAUAAUUUUAACUAUCUACCAUCUUUUUCAUCAUCAAAUUAAAAGAAUUUUCAGGAUUCGCACUCUGCCGCAUCUUCUCGUUUGAAUCACACCAUCCAUGUGUGAUAAUCAGUUUCUUAUUUAUUUAAAAAAUACAUACUUUCGAAAUAUUUCUGUGAUAUUAUACGAGAUUUGAAAAAAAGAAAAUAUUUACAUUCUUAUAUUUUUAGUUUUCAACUAAACCUUUUCGGUAAUCGGUAAGAACUUGUUUUUUUAUAUUCCAAUGGUAAAUAUUCGAAAAAAUAUUUAAACUUAGCCAAAAUUAUUA